AUGCUGGACAAGGGCAGUGGGCAGUCGAGGGGCUUCGGCUUCGUUACAUUCACCACCGGCGCAGCCAUGGAAGCCGCUCUUCGUGCCAACCAUUCGGUUGACGGUAAGACGAUUACAUGCAAGCGCGCUGUGCGUGACACCAAGCAGGGCGGGAAGCAGGGACGCGAGGAGUCUGGCGGUAGCAUGUACAACGUCGUCAAGAUUUUCGUGGGCGGGCUACCUGCCUCCUGCGACCUGGAGAAGCUGAAAUCUCACUUUGGUCAGUAUGGAGAGAUCCACGACGCUGUGGUCAUGAUGGAUGCUCAAACCCAGAGGCAUCGAGGCUUUGGUUUUGUGACCUUCAAGGAUUCGAGUGGCGUGGAGGCGCUCUGUCCAAUUGGCUCGCAAACUCUUGGCCGCAUCUUGCUUGUUCGCUGA